GGUAGCCCCGGCCCUGGCUCCUGCCCGGACACGGCAGCUGGCCUUGCGUCCUUCCUGUCCCCUCUGGCGUCGAGGAUAGCGCAGGGUGGGAUAUGGGUGAGCGGAAGUGGGAGCUGUGAGCGUUGUCGCCCCGGGCGCCGAGGCCGGAGGCGCGGUCGGGGCUGCCGCGACGCACGCAUGGAGAACGCUGGGCGCCGGGCUGCUCACCGACAUAUAACCAGAUUGCACGGGCUCUGCGGGGCGGGGACUGUGCAGCACCGACCGACCUCCUUGGGCGUGGGAACAUGAGGCCAGGCUCGGAGCUCACUGCAGGCGAGGCGCGCAGUGCGCGAGCUUGCCUGGUCCGUGGUUGAACUGCUAGGAGCCCCGGGUUUUGUGGCCUCUUCCUGCAGCCUGUCGUUGUCAGCGGCGGCAUGGUCUUCUGUCCCGAGAACAAGGAGCCGCGCCGCCUGCUGCGAAGCACCAUGGUCCACUUCCGGGCCUCGGAAGUCCAACAGCUGUUACACAACAAGUUCGUGGUCAUCUUGGGGGACUCAAUCCAGCGAGCGGUGUACAAGGACCUGGUGCUCCUGCUCCAGAAAGACUCGCUGCUCACAGCUGCCCAGCUGAAAGCCAAGGGGGAGCUGAGCUUUGAACAGGACCAGCUUGUGGCUGGGGGUCAGCUGGGGGAGCUGCACAACGGGACACAGUACCGGGAGGUCCGCCAGUUCUGCUCGGGUUCCGGCCACCACCUUGUGCGCUUCUACUUCCUCACUCGAGUUUACUCCGAGUACCUCGAGGGCGUCCUGGAGGAGCUGACGUAUGGGCCUACCCCGGACCUGGUGAUCAUCAACUCCUGCCUCUGGGAUCUCUCCAGGUAUGGCCGCUGCUCAAUGGAGAGCUACCGAAAGAACCUGGAGCGAGUGUUUGUGCGCAUGGACCAGGUGUUGCCAGAUUCCUGCCUGCUGGUGUGGAACAUGGCAAUGCCCUUGGGGGAGCGUGUCACUGGGGGUUUCCUUCUGCCCGAGCUCCAGUCACUGGCGGGCUCUCUGCGACGGGAUGUGGUUGAAGGGAACUUCUACAGCGCUACACUGGCUGGGGAUCACUGCUUUGAUGUCCUGGACCUCCACUUUCACUUCCGGCAUGCAGUAAGGCACCGUCACCGGGACGGUGUCCACUGGGACCAGCAUGCCCACCGCCACCUCUCACACUUGCUUUUGACCCAUGUGGCUGAUGCCUGGGGCGUGGAGCUGCCCAAACGUAACUACGCCCCCAACCCGUGGACUGAGGAUUGGCCAGAGCCGGAUCAUCUGUUCCAGGGGAUCCAGGGGCAGCCCCCAGACUUCAGGGAGCAGCUGGCCUUGCCCCCACCCCCGCCCCCUCCCUUGCCCCCUCCCAUGCCUUUUCUCUAUCCCCUUCCUCAGCCCUCCCUGCCUCCCCUGUUUCCAUCCCUGCCCCAGGAUGCCCCCUUUUCCCCGUGCCAGCCCUUCCCACCCCAUGAAUUCUUCAACUGUAACACAACAGAAGACUUCUCAAUGCCGUCCCACUUAGGAUGUGGCCCUGUAGUGAACUUUGUGCCUGGCCCCCUGCCACCUCCAGUCCCUGGCCCUGUCCUCCGUGGUCAGCAUCGGAGCCCGGUGGUCCACCGCGGGAUGCCACGCUGUGUUCCCAACAGCCCCUACCAUGUGCCAAGGAUGGGGGAACCCUGCAGGCAGCGGCUCAGACACACAGACAGACUGACCCACACAUACAAACUGGACCAACAGCCUCCUGCCCAUUCGGGGACAUGGCCUGGUUAGACUGGGUCUUGGGCUGGGGCUGGAUGUGCCAAUGGCCCUGCAGGGCCUGCUUGCCACCCCAGGUGCUGGGCCAGGGUGUUUGCUGUGCUUGGCAGUGUUCUUUUCUGUUGCUGUCACCAACAUAGGCAAGGAAGGAAAGAGUGGCAUCUUCCUGUGUGAAGGAGCGGGUCUCCCAAACCAUGAGCUUAAGAUUUGGAGAGGCUGCCUCUGGGCUUUCUCGAGCUUUGGACCUUUCACCUCACACUAUUUAGAAACCAUUGUAUAUGUCCUUCCUGCUGCUUCACAUACUAAUUCUCACCAGAACAAAAAUGCGCUUAAUAAAGAUACUGGAGGGGUUGCCUCUUGUCAGCAUCUCCCUGGGAUU